GGCCGCCGCCGUUGCCGCGGCGCGCGCGAGCCCGGCCGGCCUCAGUCGACUGCGGGCUGCCGUCGGAGCGGCUGGCAGGGUGGAGGCUACCAUGGCAAUGAGAAGGGAGCGGGAGCCCCUGGGAAAGGAGACGCUGAAGGAGAUGAGAUGGAGGGGUUCAGGGCCCCUGCGGGGAGCCCCAGAUCCCAACUUGAAAAGAUGGAGUCGUGGCAAGAUGGGCCUCUCCGCCGCGGCGCCGCUGUGGGGCCCCCCGGGGCUGCUGCUGACCAUCGCCCUGCACCCGGCUCUCUCCGGGCGCCCCCACCGGGACUACUGCGUCCUGGGCGCCGGGCCCGCCGGCCUGCAGAUGGCCUACUUCCUGCAGCGGGCCGGGAGGGACUACACGGUGUUCGAAAGAGCCCCCGGGCCGGGCAGCUUCUUCACGCGCUACCCCCGCCACCGCAAGCUCAUCAGCAUCAACAAGCGGCACACGGGCAAGGCCAACGCCGAGUUCAACCUCCGCCACGACUGGAACUCUCUGCUCAGCCACGACCCCCGGCUGCUCUUCAGACACUAUUCGCGUGCCUACUUCCCCGAUGCGGGCGACAUGGUGCGCUACCUGGGUGACUUCGCAGACAGGCUGGGGCUGCACGUGCUGUACGACACAGCCAUUACCCAUGUCACGCUGGACAAGGAUCAGCAGGCCUGGAAUGGCCAUUACUUCACCCUGACCGACCAAAAGGGCCAGGCAUACCAGUGCAGUGUCCUUCUUGUAGCCACUGGUUUGUCAGUCCCCAACCAGGUUGAUUUCCCUGGCUCCGAACAUGUGGAGGGUUAUGAGUCUGUGUCUAUAGACCCUGAGGACUUUGUGGGUCAGAAUGUGCUGAUCCUGGGCCGUGGGAACUCCGCCUUUGAGACAGCAGAGAACAUCCUGGGUGUCACAAACUUCAUCCACAUGCUGAGCCGGUCCCGAGUCCGGCUCUCCUGGGCCACACACUAUGUUGGAGACCUUAGAGCCAUCAACAAUGGCCUGCUGGACACCUACCAGCUCAAGUCCCUGGAUGGGCUGCUCGAGUCUGACCUCACGGAUCUGGCCAUCCUGAAGGACCACAAUGGCAAGUUCCACGUCACCCUGAAGUUCUUCCUGGAGGAAGCCAACACCAACCAGAGCACUGACUCCAUCACCCUCCCUCAGGACGAGAAUGACAACUUUGCCAUGCGUGUGGCCUAUGACCGGGUCAUCCGCUGCCUGGGCUGGAACUUUGACUUCUCCAUUUUCAAUACGUCCCUCAGACUCAACUCAGGGAGUGCAUUUGGCAAGAAGUACCCACUGAUCCGAGCUAGCUAUGAGUCCAAAGGCAGCCGGGGUCUCUUUAUCCUGGGUACCGCCAGCCACUCAGUGGACUACCGGAAAUCUGCUGGCGGCUUCAUCCAUGGAUUCCGAUACACAGUACGUGCUGUUCACCGGCUCCUGGAGCACCGCCACCAUGGCCUUGCCUGGCCCUCCACCAUGCACCCCAUCACACAGCUGACCAACUCCAUCAUCCGGCGUGUGAACGAGGCUUCUGGCCUUUACCAGAUGUUUGGCGUGCUGGGUGAUGUCAUCCUGUUGAAGGAGAAUGCCACAGCAUUUGAGUACCUGGAGGAGUUUCCCAUGCAGAUGCUGGCCCAGCUGGAGACCCUCACAGGAAGGAAGGCGAGGCAUGGGCUGUUCAUCAUCACUAUGGAGUACGGCAAAAAUUUCUCUGGACCUGACAAGGACGUCUUCUUUUAUGACCGGUCUGUGGGGCACACAGAAGAUGCCUGGCAGUCUAACUUCCUCCAUCCUGUCAUCUACUACUACAGACACCUCCCCACUGAACAGGAGGUGAGGUUCCGCCCUGCACACUGGCCCCUGCCACGGCCUGCAGCCAUCCACCAUAUCGUGGAAGACUUCUUGACAGACUGGACUGCCCCAGUUGGGCACAUUCUACCUCUGAGGCGCUUCCUGGAGAACUGUUUGGACACCGAUUUGCGAAGCUUCUAUGCAGAGUCCUGUUUUCUGUUCGCCCUAACACACCAGAAGCUGCCACCCUUUUGCCAGCAAGGGUACAUGAGAAUGCAGGGGCUUGUGAGUACCGAGAGCCUCCGGCAGCACGGCGCGGAGAGCAGGCUCCUGCGGGACUAUGCCACUGCAGGCAGGCCCCUGAAGGACAGCAGCCAGCAGCCAGGUGACCAUGAGCCAGUAGGUCACCACCUGUCUCCAGGAUCUCUGGUCCAGUCCCUUGACAGCAACAAGGAGGAGCUCUGACUGUGGCCUCUUGGGAUAUGGGCACAGUGGCUGGGCUACUCCCACCCAAGCCCACAAUCAGCCCUCUUUCCCUGCAGCCUCAUGAUGUCCCCGAUGUCUGACUGCCAAACCACUCAGAUCAUUUUAGUGACUGGACCAAAGCAACACGGAGUGUGCACGAGGCCUGAAAUGCAGCAAUGGUGGUUUCCUCCCCUGCUGUUCCUGUCCCCCAGUGCCCAGAGGCAGGGUCAGCAGCAAGGCAUCCUCUGCAAGGGUGAGCUUCCCUCCGCAGCCAGGCUUGUCUCCAGUUGAACUGUCCCUGAGCACCAGGCUGGCCCCUCACAAGUGCCCAUCUGCCCCUUUUCCUUCUGGUCUACACUUCAGAUGGACCUGGAUCCUGCCCAUGGUAAAAUCCAUCUUCAUCUUCAUAAGGGUUUGUGCUGGGCACUUUAAAAGAGUUCUAAUAUACUCAACAACUGAAACAGACAGGUGGGGUUGUUGGCCCCCAGACUGCUGCUGAAGACACCCACUCAGAGAGGUUGAGUAACUCUCAGGGCCCCCAGCCAGGAGUCCCUGUCUGUGAUACACUCCUCCCACUCGCUGCCUCGCCCUUCCCACCCCAUGUUCAGCAGGGUUUGGACUUGGCUACGGAAUCCAGGAGGGCUAGUCUGGCUUAUCUUCAUAGGACCAGGGGGCUGUUAUCGUGCAGAGAUAGGACAGCUUCCUGCAAAGGCAUCUUAUCUAAGCAAGUUUCUCCCUGAGCAGCAGAACUCAGAGCUGCUCUCUCCACAAGAUUGCACCCCCUGACGAAUCUUCAGCCUCUGUGUCUUCUUUUCUUCCUAAUCCCUUACCGCUCCCCCACCCUCUGGUAUCUUGAACCAUGCCUUGCUUCUGACCUGCGCAGUCAGGUUCUGUAAAACAGUUAUCCUGCUGCCUUUCUGCAGUGAGCACCCCUUUGUGCUCAUGGUGUGCAAGAAGACAUUUAUAAAUUCUUUUGUGUGGUAACAAUGAUGAAUUUAGUUCCUGGUCCCCUUAGCUGUUCCAUCUCCUCUUCAUCGUCCUUCCUCACCAGGAGUCUGCACUCUCCCACCAGGCGUUUAGUCUCAUUAUAAAUGAGUAAACCAUGGGAAAGCAUUUGUACAUAAGAUAAUCACAGUGAUUUUUCAAAGCCCAGGAUCAUAGGUGAUUGCUUUCUCACUGGUUCUUACUAGUUCUUCAUGUAUCUGCUCAGAAUUCCAGGGACACGAGCUGGCAGGUAAGCUGAGUUGGUUAGAGUGCAACCUUAUAACACCAAGGUCGUAGGUUAAGAUCCCUAUGAUAAGAAAUUUGGAUUUUUAAGUACCAUGAGAAACUAUUGGAAGAUUUUGAUCUGGGAAGUGGUUGUUACAUCUGAGGUUGCAAUCCCAGCUCAUCCAUGCUAGCCACCAAAAAAAAAAAAAGAAUUUCAGGGACAUGGGCUUUCUGGAACCAAAGCCCUUGCAUGGGAACACCUCUACCCCUCUUGGCUAGGUCCAAACUCCCUAAACCACCUGGCCCCAAUGUCUGUCUGCAGACUCUGCUCCCCAGUCAUUCCCAGAGUUACAGCAAUGAAACUCCCACAGCCUUGUCCUGUUGGGAGGAAUUGCUUACCCCAUGAUAAUACUUGGGAUGGUUUGCACAGGGCUGAAACUUCUAAGUUAAAGGUUUCUUUCUAAUCCCAGGAUAUUGGACUUACCAUAUUUCAUACAGACUACAGGUAAAGCAAAAUUGAAUGCUGUCAUUCCACCCUACCUUUUCCAAAGCAUUUCUUUUUAAAUAAAUAUGCUAAUUAGGACUAUACUUGUCAUAUCAAAUCCCCUUACUACAUCUCGCCUACCCAAUUACUAAAGGCUGGCUGAACCACUUGUUCCAAUAAAAGUCUGAGGGGCUAUAACAAAUGGUUUACUGACGCCUAAAUAUGCGACAUCUGCUGCUUUUCCCUCCAUCUGCCAAAUUGUUAAUUCCAUCAAAAUAUCAGCCAGCCUUGUUUUUAGUAAGACAUGAUUCCCUUCUUGCUCAUCUGAUUACAGAUGUCUUUCCUGAUAUUUUUUUGUAAAUUAAUAGUUGGUUUCAAACAGGGAACACCUUUUUCCUAUGAGGAUCAUGCUAUAUUUGCCAAAUGCCCAUCUACACAGUCCCUCCUAGUGAUCCCCCCACACCUUUUUUCAGUCUUGGCCUCCAGGUGCCCACUGCUUUAGGCAAGACGUCUUUGGGUGUCUGCCAUCUUCCUGCCAUGUUGUACUGAAUUCACCUCAUCUACUUUAUUGCCUCAGUUCCUUUUUUUGUCAAGUCUGGACAGCCCAUUACCAGAUCUCAUCCUUUUCAGUUGAACCAAGUUCCUCUUCUAGCUGAGGCCUGACUUCAGUAAUUCCUUCUUUUUUUAAUAUUAUCAAGUUGCACCUUAGAAACUGAGGUGCAAAAUAGACAAAUCAGUGAAACAAUAGGCCAGAAGUAGACCCUAUAUUUUAAGUAAGAAAGAGGUGAUUUUAAAAGGAAUCACAAACCAAUGGAAAGAUUGUGCAGGACCAUGCCAUGAAUAAUGUUAGACCAACUGAUUAGUAAUUUGGAAAAAAAUAAAUCUCAUACUAUACUUCAAAAUUAAUUCCAGAUGAAUUUUUUGAAGCCAUAUAGAAACUGAGGGUGAGGAGUACUAUAAUCAAAGAAAGGAGUUUCCAAGUUUAGAAGCAAUGGAGUAAUUCCACAGAGGAACAGGAUUAACAUUUCCAGGUACACCUAUCUAGCUCCUAUCUAAUUAAUGGGACUAAUGGGACUAUUUUAAAGAAAAUGAUAAAAAGGCAGAACAGCAUGAGCAAAAAUAAUUACAGUAGAACACAACACAAAAAUAAUCAAGAAUUGAUUGAAAUGACAAAAAUGAAGAAUAGUUAAGUAAACUGUCACCCAUUGGAGUAUUACACAGCUCUUAAAAUGAUGGUGGUGAAAGACUGUGUAAGACAAAUACAUAUGUAAUAAAGUGAAGUGGGGGGCUGGCAAGUUAGCUCAGUUGGUUAAAGCACAGCCAAGGUCAUGGGUUCAGAUCCCCGUACCGACCAGCCUCCAAAAAAAAAAAAAAAAAAUGCUGAAGGUAAAAGCAGGAUGUGAAAUUGUAGUUGCAACUACUUGUAACUAUGUAAAAGUAGAAAACCACAUUCAGGGGAAACUAUGAAAGGGAAAUAUCAUGAAAUGUCAACAGUGGUUAUACUGGGUUUGUGAGAGUAGGUUGUUUUUUUUUUUCCUUUUUCCUCUUUUGCCUAAGUUGUGGUUAUACUCUAUAGUGAA